AUGCGCAGAGCGGGAGUCGGAUGGUGGGCUUGGACGGUCCUUUUGCACUGCGUCGGUAUGGAUGAUGUUGCCUUUUCGCGGGCGCGGUGCGGACGCGGUGCGGAUAAUGAGCAGUGCGGAUGCGCGGGUGAACUCCGCGAUUGCGGGCGGUUGCUGACGUUAACUCUGAAGAUGCGGUUUAGAAAAAUCUUCUCUGGUUGGAGCUCUAAUUCAAAUGACGUUCAACAAAGUUUGAAUUUGAAGCAGUUGUGUUCAUCGGAAAUCUUGAACCUUCGGAAUUACGAACACUUGACGACCAUUGUAAGCUACAACACAAGCUACAAUAAUGGUGUCGGAAAUAUAGAAAUCUUUGAAAUUAUAACAUUGGUGUUGGUAGUUACGAAUGUCAAGAGUUACAACAAUAUUAUUUAUCCAAAACCCUUCCUUUCUACCCUAAUUUUUUUUGGCUACGCUACAAAAUGCCAAAAACUUUAA